AUGGCUAGAAGUAGAUCACGAUCACGCUCCAAGAGCAAAUCAAGAAAAGGUUCGCGAGGAAGGAGUCGUUCCCGAAGUCGUUCAAAUAGAAGGUCUUUAAGCCGUAGACCUAAAUCCACUAAACGUGUUGGACGUAGAGUAAAUCGCAGAAAAUCCUAUAAAGCUCGAUCAACCUCACGUUAA